UCCCCCGCCCCGCCCCGCAGUCCCUGCCGGGCCGGGCCUCGUCCCCGGGGCGCUGAGGGCGCGUCCCUCUCGCCGAGAGGGCCGGGGGCGUCGUUGGGGGCACCGAGUCCCGAACAGGAAUGUUAUGCUUUUAAGCAAGAGAUAAAACUACUGAAAAGCCAGAGCUAGACCCAGCAACAAACUAAUGGAGGUGUGCAGCAAAAUGGGUUGAGAGCACAGCUGUCUUAUUCCAUCUUGUUUUUGCACUGUCUUCAGUUUUGCUUCAGAAAGUGCUACAUAUCUAAAUGGGUUUGUCAAAUUGGCAAAGAAGAACAGACAACCUCUGGUGUCUGUUGCAUCCUGAUUUAUCCACUUUGCUUCUGGCAGCCUAUGAAGGAGAUCUACUGCAGUGUGCCUGUGAACCUUCCCUGCAAACAGAUAAGGAAUUUCUGUUUUCUCUUUUCAACCAGUGCUGGCUAAGCUGAAACUUCCCACACCUUGUGGAGAGCAUGUAUAAAAGGAAUGACCUCAUGGCCAGUGUGAUGGUCACCUCUGCCACUCCAGAGGGUAGUAGCAGCUCAGAUUCUCUGGAAGGGCGAAGUUCAGAUUAUGCCAAUAAAAGCUAUGAUGCAGUUGUAUUUGAUGUGUUGAAAGUAACUCCUGAGGAGUUUGCCAGCCAGAUAACAUUGAUGGAUAUGCCAGUAUUUAAAGCUAUACAGCCUGAGGAACUAGCCAGCUGUGGAUGGAAUAAGAAAGAAAAACACACCCUCGCUCCAAACAUUGUUGCCUUUACUAGGAGGUUUAAUCAGGUCAGUUUUUGGGUUGUACGAGAAAUAUUAACAGCACAGACCUUAAAAAUAAGGGCAGAAAUAUUGAGCCACUUUGUGAAGAUAGCUAAAAAGCUUCUAGAACUGAACAAUCUUCAUUCUCUUAUGUCUGUGGUGUCAGCACUGCAAAGCGCACCUAUCUUCAGGUUGACCAAAACUUGGGCUCUUUUGAAUCGGAAAGACAAGACCACCUUUGAGAAGUUAGACUAUUUACUAUCUAAGGAAGAUAAUUAUAAAAGGACACGAGAGUACAUCAGAAGCUUAAAAAUGGUUCCUACAAUUCCAUAUUUAGGAAUUUAUCUCUUGGAUUUAAUCUACAUAGAUUCUGCAUAUCCCGCUUCAGACAGCAUAAUGGAGAAUGAACAAAGAUCCAAUCAAAUGAACAAUAUUCUCCGAAUAAUAGCUGAUCUGCAAGUAUCCUGCAACUAUGAUCAUCUCACAACACUUCCCCAUGUGCAAAAGUAUUUGAAGUCUGUCCGUUACAUUGAAGAACUUCAGAAGUUUGUAGAAGAUGACAAUUACAAAUUAUCUUUAAGAAUUGAGCCAGGUAACAGCUCUCCUCGACUGGUUUCCUCCAAAGAAGAUCUUGCAGGUCCGUCUGACAUGUCAGCAAUUAUGAAAUUCAGCAGGAGACCCACAUGUCCUGAUGCCUCAGUAGCAGCAAGCCUACCUACACCUCCUGUUCCCAGGCACCGGAAGAGUCACAGCCUAGGAAACAAUAUGAUGUGUCAGUUGAGCGUCGUGGAGAGCAAAAGCGCCACCUUCCCCACGGAGCGGCCGCGGCACCUGCUGGACGACAGCGUGCUGGAGAGCCAGAGCCCGGCGCGCGGCCCGCGCCUGCCCAACGGGCUCUCCGCAGAUAGCAGUGAAAGCUCAGAAUUUAGUGAGGAGCUGCCGUCAGGGCUUGAAAGGGGUCGUUUAUAUGCCACACUGGGGCCUAACUGGAGGGUACCAAUCCGGAAUUCUCCUCGGAGUCGAAGCUGUGUCUACAGCCCAAUGGGUGCAUGCAGCUGCACAGCAGGUGGUUCCACAGGAGUCAUUACCAUGGAAGGGCCUUUAAGAAGAAAAACACUGCUCAAAGAAGGCAAGAAACCUACUCUCUCCUCAUGGACUAGAUACUGGGUCAUGCUUUCAGGAUCAACGCUUCUGUACUUUGGAGCAAAAGCUUUAAGAGGCACUGAAAGAAAACAUUAUAAAUCUACACCUGGGAAAAAAGUCUCCAUUGUAGGCUGGAUGGUGGCACUGCCUGAUGACCCAGAGCAUCCUGAUAUUUUCCAGCUAAAUAACCCUGACAAAGGCAAUGUUUACAAGUUUCAGACUGGUUCAAGGUUUCAUGCAAUAUUAUGGCAUAAACAUCUGGAUGACGCGUGCAAAAGCAACAAGCCUCAGGUACCUGCUAAUCUAAUGUCAUUUGAAUAAUUUCUUCUCCUACCUGGUGUGACUUCAAGUGCCAAACUGAAGAAACAGGUUAUUGUUCUCUAAGGAGGAAGAGGAGAAUGUUUUUCCUGACAUGAGCCAGCCACAGAUAUUUCAGCACUUUCCUAUGUAACUUGAAAGUGAUUCUGACACAGCUUUUAAAAGCAGAAAAUGAAUGUUAUCCCUAGGACCAGAUAAAGUCUCAUGCACUGAAUGAAAGCAGACAAGUUAGAUGGACAGAAGAUUAAUCCUGACUCCUGCAGGAUUCUAGAGCCCUCAGCUAUUUGUGGUCAGAGACUGCAUGAACUGAUAUUUGGCUGCAAUCUGAGCGCUCUAUCUUCUGCCUGUUGUUUUUCAAAUGGUUCUUUUUAUUGUUAAGCUGCUUUGUGUGACUGAAGAAUAUUUGGCCCAUGUUGGGUUUCAACUCUUUCUAAUGCACAGAAUGAUUGACAGUGUUAACUUGCUCCAAAGUGUCAAUUAGAAUAGAAAAUUGUGGAACAACAUUUUUAUAAUCUAAGUGCACUGAGUUGCUUGGCAAUGUGGCUGCCUCAAAUUUUCUAUCAAAUCUCUGGACAAUAUGCUGUUCAUAUUUGAGCUAUUUGGGAAAAAUGUAUUUUGGCAUAGGACAGUUGGUUUUCUUUUCAUUCAGUUAUUUUGCUCAGGAAUACACUGGUAAUAGAUUUAAGGCUGUUUAAAUUUAUGUUGUGCAGAAAUUUGUCUUUCAUUCUUUUACCAGUGGCAUAGUUGCUUAUAAAUUUGGUGUUUUGGUUCAGUCUGAACAUUGUUGAUUUCAAAUCCCUUAGCACAGGGAAGCAGGUGAUCAGGUAUUAUAUAUCACAUGGUCCUGGCUCCUCAGAAUGACUCCAUAUAAUUUUUUCUGUUCUGUGCUUCUGUGGGUGACUUCUUGGCUCCACUCAGUUCCAGUAUGUGUUGUGACUUCAGGACAUUAGUACUGGUAGACAGUACUGCUGUUAUAAAAUCAUGGUGGCAGUGAAACACUGUCUAACAGUGGAGCAAGUACAAAGAAGUCUCCUCAUCAAUAUCCAGAGAAUAAACGAACAAACAAAAGAAGUGUAACUGGGCCUUCUCCUCCGAAGGAACUCUCUCUGUGCUGUAUUCUUGCUGUACCCUGGCACUCCUGCAGUCAGAAUCGUUUUCUGUUCAUAUGUUCAAUUCAUCACUUUUUCUUUAUGAAACACUUUUGCCAUAUAGCAUCAUUAUUCAGGCUUCAUCAAUCACCAGAAAACUGCUUAUGACUUUUCUAGGAUUGUGUAGAGGAGAAAUUGGCAAGUCAGCCUCUAGCUUACAAACCAGGAAGACCAUGAAAGUCAGUUUAAGUAAACAGAGCCUCUACUAGAACAAAGUCCCCUGGCAUUAGCAAUAUGUAUUGUGCGGACUUCCGUGAUUUGCUACAUUUUAAUUUUGAAACUUUGCUAACAACAAGGAGAAAAAAACAUCUGUAUUGUUAAAUGUCGGUCAAAAGUAAAUUUCUUGUUCUUUUAAGAGUUCAUGUUACAAUCCUGAACGCCUAAUACAUACCAGGUUUUCAAGAAAAACAGUUUCUGAUGAGAACUGCAUUUAGAUCCUGGAAUGUGGGAAAGUGUAUGUAAAGUUGACAAAAUUUAUUUGAUAACUGAGGAACUGUGUGAGAAAAGUGGUAAUUAAAAAUAUAUUUAUAUUGUUUUUCUCUUCCUUUGUUAACUUAAGACAACUUUGAACUAGGAAAAGCAUGGUUAUCUGCAAGGGCAGAGCAUCAAAUACCAUUAGAGAUGGUAUAGAAACUUUUGAAUGUGGUAAAAUCCUGUCAGCAAAUUACUUCAGGCUGUUAGGCUAUGGUAUAGUCUGUAUUAUUCUGCACCUGUGGAUUUUUGUGAUUAGUCAUCAAUGACAUUAAACAUCUUUUCUGUAUAGCACAAUUGUGAAAUUACUGCAGAGUACUGAGAAAUUCAGAUUGAUGGCAGUGAAAGAAUAAUGACAGCAGUGAAAGAAUACUAGUAAAACAUCUUAAACCAAUUUAAAAUUAGUCUUUAAGUAUUAAACAGUUCAUAGCUGCUGAUAAGAGGUGUUAUGAUGCCAUUUACCUGGUACCUGCUAUUACCAAGUACUUCUAUGGUUAGUUGAAAGCUGCUAUUGAAAUACAAUGGGUUGCCUAUCACUACUGAUUGUUACAGCAUUUUCACAAAAAAAUAUCACAAACCAUACAAGUUUUCCUCCAUCAAAGAGAACAACUACAACAAUUAUGUAAAAGUAAACAUUGUCAUAAUUACCAUUUUCAGACUUGUGAAGAUAUAAGUAAUAUUAUUAAUUUAUUAAAUGUACAAUUUUUAUGCAAUUCAGUGCCAAAAUGCAUGCUUUUCCAAAUAGCACUAAAAUGAGGCAAAGAAACUAGUUUUCAAAGUGAGACUGACUUGUCACACUAUAAUGUUAAUUAAUUUCAACAUUUUGGUUUGUUUUGUGUGGAAACUGUUGCACUAUUUUUGGCUGUGUUUUCCAGCAGUCCACUGCAUGCCAUUUGUGUAAAGGAUUCUUUCUAUAAUUCUUGUGAACUGUCUCACCUGUAAGAACUCUGGUGUUGGAAUCUAGGUUUUUGGCAAAGUAUUUUGUUACCUCAGUCUUGUAUCGAGUUGCUGCAUUUUUCAGUUUGUUACAUUGAUAAUAAUGAUUGUUUUGCUAAUUAAAUACUUUAAUGUAAAAAAAAAGUUUGUUUACUACAACAGUAAUAGCAUUUGGUUGUAAGUUUAAAAAUGUGCAGGGUACGUAUGCUGUUGACAAUAAAAUAUUCUGAAAAGGAAUAGUAGAGGUACAGAA